UCACAGUUGCUUCAGUACGUUUUCGCACGCUCAUUAAUGCAGUCGCAGUCGGAGCACGGCGGAGCUCCAAUCUCGAGCGAUUGGCAACGCGACGGCAAAGUCCUGAGAGUGAUUUCCUAUUAACCAAACAUGUUAGCGAAAUAAAAUGCAUAAAAUGCAGUUAGGGCCCAGUUGGCAAAUCUUACUAUUCUUAACGUGUCUCGUGCGCCUCUGCAAUGGCAGUGAAAUUCUUUUGCUCAUUUCGUGUCCACGGCAGGCGGCAGAGCACUGUCGCACCUGGCGCGAUAAUCUGCGGCAGCAACAAAUAUCGGACAAGAUCCCCAAGGAUUACGAUUACGCCAUUAAGGUGCACAUAAUGCAUGAACUAUUCAAUUACUGGACCCUGCUCGAUGCGCUGCCCUAUUUGAGAGGCAAGACACGUCUGCUAAACGCGAAUACCGAUUGGAUUAUCUGGUGUCAGCACAACACGCACGUCGCCUCGCUGCGUGGCCUGCUCGACCAACUGCAUCAGCGGGAUGCGCAAGAGCAUCAACUGUUCUUCUUAAUAUCCUUCCCAUUCCAGUUGGCUUAUUACGGACACGCCUUGUACGACACUGAGGCGACGAUUGUGCACCACUUUGCCAACUACAAGGAUCCAACAUGGUUUCCAUAUCCCAUGCUAAGUGCCGGCGUUGUUUUUACAGGUGCUUUGCUGCGAAGGCUCGUCGAACUUGUUGCUCUAAAUGCCCCAAAUGCCACAAGGCACAGCGAAUUUGCCAUAGAUGCGGCCCAUGAGUUGGCCCGAUUCAUUUUCGAUAAUAUAGCACCUGCCGGUGAUGGCAGCGGCAGCAGCAGCAGCAGCGGCAAUGGAAGUAACAACGUCGAUAGCAACAUCAGCAUCAGUAAAGACGACAACGACUUUGUCGACAUGUUGCAGCGCAAAAUAAUUUUGAAAAGUGCUGACUACAUUUGUCCCUGGGCGAGAGUGUCGGCAGCCUGGUCCUUGGCGUCCUUAGAGACGACAGCAGCAGCAACAGCAAAGGAGUCAACGCCUGUGUCCUGUGUCUUGCAUGCCAAGCCGGAAAUGGCCGCUGGGAGUGCUGUGCAUUGUGUGCACACAACUGGCGCACACAUCUAUUUUGCAAUCAAGACCUGUGCAAAAUUCCAUAAGGAGCGUAUACCAAUCAUCGAACGCACCUGGGCGCCCGAUGCCAUCCGGCGCAAAUACUACAGCGAUGUGGCAGAUGAUGGUAUACCUACGACCAACACUGGCCUACCCAAUGUACUGACUGGACAUUGUGCCAAAACAUUGGCAAUUUUGCAAUUAUCCCUCAAGGAUAUCAACGAGCUAACGGAUAUACGCUGGCUGAUGCUUGUCGACGAUGAUACGCUGCUAAGCGUACCACGGCUAAGCAAGCUGCUUGGCUGCUACAAUCACACCAAUCAUAUUUAUCUUGGGGAACGCUAUGGCUAUCGACUAUAUGCCCCGGAUGGCUUCAAUUACCACACAGGUGGCGCUGGCAUAGUGCUUAGCGUGCCGCUGCUGCGACUUGUGGUGCAGCGGUGCAGUUGUCCGACAGCAAGUGCACCAGACGACAUGAUAUUGGGCUACUGUCUGCAGGCAUUGGGCGUGACGGCCACGCAUGUGCCCGCUCUGCAUCAGGCACGGCCGCAGGACUAUGCGUCAGAGCUGCUGCAGCUCAAUGCGCCCAUCUCGUUCCACAAAUACUGGCACACCACGCCGGAGCACACGUACAAGCGUUGGCUCGGAGGCGCUCUGGGCAACGCUAGUUCAGCUCAUGCCACGGCCAAGGAUCGACGUGCUGCGCCGCUGAUACUGAACGGACUGCUGCAGCUGCCAAAUCAGCUGCCAGCUGGCUUGGAAGGCCCCUCCAAGCACUUGGAUCUCUAAAAAAAAAAAAAUGCUCAG